GCGUCUGGUCAUCCCAAGGAUCCAGAUGUCCUUGUAUAGAAGCGUAAGUGAGGAGGUUGAACUCCAGGAUGAGUCCGAACUUCUGCGUUGGGAGUCAAAGAACACGUUGCACAGACUCGAAACCCCAGGAAGUACCGAGGCUUCACUCCAGAAUGAGGAUUUUGGCGGGAGCGAUGGCAGUGAAUUUGCGGAUGGAUCAACGACCGAGUCCCCUGAGGAGAUUGCGGAUUGGCUGAUUGCACAGUCCAAGAAGCGCUACGGACCCAUCUUUGCAGACAUCUGUCUGGAGCCGCAGUAUGCGUUCAAUUUUGGAGAGGAUUCAUUGUCACCUGAAUCGGGGUCGCCCAGCUCUGGUCAGGACAUGAUGUGGGCGCAAUUGCUUCCACCCAACCUCGCAGGGGAAAGAAUGAGGCUGUCCGACGUCACGGCGGCGGCGAUGUGCUACGCAAAUCAAGAGCCCGUGAUGGAUAGAAAGUUGGCGGAUGGCUGGUCCAUCGCAGAGCACGAGAACCUGAAGCAGAUGAACUCGGUGAUUUGUUGGCCACUGAUGGCAUGCGAAAGGUGUAUCGGAGUCAUCCAGCUUCUCUCUCCCGAUGUUGAUACCUUCUCAGUGAAGGACAGUCGCUACAAGGCUGUGCUUUCGGUCGCCGUACUGCGCUUCUUGCGCGCGGAGCUUCAAGGCCAGGUGCAGGUGCAAGGUGAAUUGCUACGUUCCGUAUUUCCCGCGCACGUCUGCGAGGAAAUUUUAGCGACCUCCAGAAUGGCCCAAUGUCAAUUUAAUGACAUCAAUUUCGAACCUGGCAGUGUCAGACAUGGCCGCUCCUUUGGCCGAAUGGUCAGUGGCAGCUCUGACAUUGACAGCAUGACGAGUUUGACUCCCAUGAGUCGCACUGGAACGAUGCAAUCAGACCGGUGCAUGAGGCAGCAAGCAAUCUCUAAAGGCCUGCCCAAGCUCUCAGCAACAGCUCUGGCAGAGCUUGAUCAGUUGCUCUACUCGGAUUACCACCGCCACGUUGCUGUCCUCUUCACCGACAUUAAAGAUUUCACCCCCCUUAGCGAGCAGAGGGGUCCAGCCGGAGUUAUGCUGAUGCUCGACAAGCUAUUUGUUGAAUUUGAUGACGUGAUUGAGCAGUUUGAGCCCAUGGCCUUUAAGGUGGAGACGGUGGGCGAUGCCUACAUGGUGGCCUUUGGCUUGAUGCCGGAGGUGCGUGACGAUGAGGAUCCCUCCCUGAUUGCCAUGACCGCGCUGCGCGUGGCCGCCCUCUUGCAGAGGGCUGCGGCCAACAUCAACGACACGUUUCAGAUCAGAAUUGGUCUUCAUUUGGGUGACCUGAUGUCCGGCAUCAUGGGCAAGCGCGCUCCGCUGCGCUACAGCUUGGUCGGCGACACCGUGAACACGGCGAGUCGAAUGGAGUCACAUGGUGUUCCAGGAAAAAUCCAUGUCUCCGAGAGCUUCAAAGUUGCCUGUGACCCCUGCAACGCUCUUGGACAUAUCAACUUUCGCCGCUGUCGCAGGGAAAUCAAAGGGAAAGGAGAGAUGAAGACCUUCCUGGUGGAUCCGGAAGAGGUGCUUCGUAUCCGCAACGUGACCUCACACCUGUGGCUGGACCCUGUCAAAGAGCGCCUACGAGGCGCCUUAGGGCUAUGAGCAUUCGGCUGCAGCUGGGGAUGCUCUCGUUUCGACAUUUUUUUUGUACCGGGAACGACUCAAGCGACGCCGCAAUUAGAAGAUUUCCGUACUUGAUGUGAAAUCUUGGAUCAGAAAUAG